GCCCGGUCCGGAUUCCCUGGAAGAUUGUGAGUGCGCGAGAGUGAGGGAGCGAGCGCGGGGCUGGACGGCGCUUCAGCCAUAUUCCACACCUCUAGCCAAGGCUCCGGUCGAGAAAAGGCAGCUCAAAAGCUAUAAAAGAAACUGGAGCUGACAAAAUAAAGAACGCGAAUUACACAGUGCGGGAUUUUGCGGUGAUUUGCUCGGAUUAAUUGGCACUCCGGAUUGCGGCGAGCGGACGACGGCGCUGAGCCUGAAAAGGGGCGCAAACGACGAGACGAAGUAGUGCAAGUGCCUGUUUUUUGGCGGAAGGCGCAGACCGAGGCCGAUGGGAGCAGCUGGUCGUCCGGUACGGGGAGAAGGAGCGUGAUGGCGGCGGGAGCGCUGCCGAACAACGGGGUCGAGGCCACAGAGUGCCCCUUUAACAAGAUGUCGGGUUCGUUGUAGCUGAAGGAAUCAGUGCGGGAUUUCAGCGGCGCUCCACCUCGGACUCAUAAGCCGCAGUUUUGUAGUGUUUGUUGUUUUCGCCCGGGACUCGAGGAGGAGAAGCAGGAGGACAAGGAAGGAGAGAAGCAAGCAGGGGCCGAGCUGUCGGAGCUCCUCGCGGGAAUAUAUUUGUUUUCUGAAUAUUUCAGUGUCAUUUCUGAAGCGACUCUCUAAGACUAAGUCUUAGUUCUGCGGGCGUCGGCCAGUCAACAUGUCGGCCAAGGUGAGGCUGAAGAAGCUGGAGCAGCUGCUCCUGGACGGCCCGCGGGAGGCCGAGGGCCGCCUCAGCGUGGAGACCCUGCUGGACCUGCUGCUGUGCCUGUACCACGAAUGCAGCAACUCGCCGCUGCGGCGCGAGAAGCACGUCUCCGAGUUCCUCGAGUGGGUGAAACCAUUCACCACAACUCUGAAGGAGAUGCGGCUGCAUAGAGAUGACUUUGAGAUGCUCAAGGUGAUUGGCAGGGGGGCUUUUGGAGAGGUUGCAGUGGUGAAGAUGAAGAACACGGAGAGGGUGUAUGCCAUGAAAAUCCUCAAUAAAUGGGACAUGCUGAAGAGGGCUGAAACAGCGUGUUUCCGUGAGGAGCGGAAUGUGCUCGUGCAUGGAGAUUGCCAGUGGAUCACCACACUGCAUUAUGCCUUCCAGGAUGACAACUACUUGUAUUUGGUGAUGGACUACUAUGUUGGUGGGGACCUGCUAACGCUGCUCAGCAAGUUUGAAGACCGCCUUCCAGAGGACAUGGCCAGGUUCUACGUGGCCGAGAUGGUUCUAGCGAUUCAUUCCAUCCAUCAACAGCACUAUGUGCACAGAGACAUAAAGCCGGACAAUGUACUGCUAGACAUGAAUGGACAUAUUCGUUUGGCUGACUUUGGAUCCUGCCUGAAGAUGAUGGACGAUGGGACAGUACAGUCCUCAGUUGCUGUGGGAACCCCAGACUACAUCUCGCCUGAGAUCCUACAAGCCAUGGAGGAUGGCAUGGGGAAAUACGGACCGGAGUGCGAUUGGUGGUCAUUGGGCGUCUGCAUGUAUGAGAUGCUGUAUGGCGAAACGCCCUUCUAUGCCGAGUCCCUGGUGGAGACCUACGGAAAGAUCAUGAACCAUGAGGAGCGUUUCCAGUUCCCCUCCCACAUCACGGACGUAUCAGAGGAUGCCAAGGACCUGAUCCAGCGACUCAUUUGCAGCCGUGAGCGGCGCCUGGGCCAGAAUGGUAUUGAUGACUUCAAGCGGCAUCCUUUCUUCUGUGGCAUCGACUGGGAUAAUAUCCGGAGCACUGAGGCACCUUACAUUCCUGAUGUCAGCUCCCCCUCUGACACCUCCAACUUUGACGUGGAUGAUGACGUGCUUAAAAACCCGGAUGUGGUGCCCCCUGUGUCGCAUACAGGCUUUUCUGGGCAGCACCUUCCCUUUGUUGGGUUCACCUACACCACGGAUAGCUGCUUCUCUGACUGUGGGAGCUUGAGGCGGGCUGCAGUAGAUGGUGCUGGCCAGGCGGGCAAUGCCCAGCAGGAUGUGGGAAGCAGCCCACAGGUUGAGGCCUUUGAGCGGCGCAUAAAGCGACUAGAGCAGGAGAAGCAAGAACUGAGCCGCAAGCUGCAAGAGGCCGUACAGUCCCUCCAUGGUUCAGCGCGUGGGGUGGGAACUGUUGGGAGAGACAAGGAGAUUAAGAAGCUAAAUGAGGAAAUAGAGCGGCUCAAAAAGAAGUUGUCAGAUUCUGACCGCCUGGAACACCAUCUGGAGGAAGCUGUGACGCUUCGCCAGGACUACGAGACCUCCUCCACCAAGCUGAAGGCCCUGGAAAAACAAGUGAAAGCACUACGGCAAGAGAAGGAGGACAUUCACAAGCAACUGGCUGAGUCCCUUGAGCGGCUCAAAUCCCAGACCAAGGAGCUGAAGGAGGCACACCAACAACGCAAGCUGGCUAUGCAGGAGUUCUCCGAGUUGAACGAGCGUAUGGCGGAGCUGCGCUCGCAGAAGCAGCGCCUCUCCCGCCAGCUGCGUGACAAGGAGGAGGAGAUGGAGGUGCUCAUGCAGAAGAUGGACAGCAUGCGACAGGAGAUACGCAGGACAGAGAAGGCCCGCAAGGAGCUGGAGGCGCAGCUGGAGGAUGUGAAAGCAGAGGCCUCCAAGGAGCGCAAACUUCGCGAGCACAGCGAAAUCUACUCCAAGCAGCUGGAAGGCGAGCUGGAGGCACUCAAGGUGAAGCAGGGGAGCGGCCGGGUGUCUGCCUCCAACCUGGAGAGCCAACAAGAGGUUGCCAAGGUGAGGGCGGAACUCGACAAAAAGGUGGUCUUCUAUGAGGAAGAGCUGGGAAGGCGUGAGACGGCGCACUCUGCUGAGCUGAAGAGCCUCCGGAAGGAGUUGCAUGACUCAGAGGGCCAGCAGCUGGCACUGCACAAGGAGCUCCUGGUGCUCAAGGACAAGCUGGAGAAAGCAAAGCGUGAGCGGCAGAGCGAGAUGGAUGAAGCGGUGGGAGCACUGAAGGAGAAGUACGAGCGUGAGAGGAUCAUGCUUACCGAGGAUAACCGCAAAUUGACUGGAGAGACCGACCGGUUGAGCACCUCUGUGGACAAACUGAAAGCCCAGAACAGGCAGCUGGAGGAUGAGCUGCAGGACCUGGCUGCCAAGAAGGAGAGCGUGGCCCACUGGGAGGCUCAGAUUGCAGAGAUCAUCCAGUGGGUGAGUGACGAGAAGGAUGCCCGAGGCUACCUUCAAGCCCUUGCCUCCAAGAUGACAGAGGAGCUGGAGUCAUUGCGCAGUUCGAAUCUGGGCUCCAGACCCAUGGACCCUUUGUGGAAGGUACGACGUAGCCAGAAGCUGGACAUGUCGGCCCGGCUAGAGCUGCAGUCUGCACUUGAUGCAGAGAUCCGGGCCAAGCAGCUGGUGCAGGAGGAACUGCGUAAGGUGAAGGCUGCCAACAUCUCCUUCGAAAGUAAACUGAAGGACUCGGAGGCCAAGAACCGGGAGUUGGCAGAGCAGUUGGAGGCCCUCAAGAAGGAGAUGGAGGACAGUCGCUCUCGAACAGACAAAGGGUUGAAACUGCCAGACUUCCACGACUCCAUCUUUGAGUACUUCAACACCUCCCCACUUGCCCGUGACCUGACGUUCAGAGAUUCUGUCUCUUCCUCGUCGGCAUCCUCCCUACUAGCAUUUUGGGAUGAAACCAGCUCCGUUACUGAGCUGGAUUCCACACCCAAAAAGGCGGACAUCCCCUCGUCCCCUUCAGCACAAGAACAGGAUGAGGCAGAUAAAACACCCUCUGCUGCUCCAGUGACCACCCCCCUUGUGUACCAGUCAUCACUGUUAACAGCACCAAAGCCCAAAGCUCACCAACUGAGCAUCAAGACCUUUUCCAGCCCCACCCAGUGCACCCACUGCAGCUCACUUAUGGUGGGCUUGAUCCGCCAGGGUUAUGCAUGCGAAGUGUGUUCCUUUAUCUGCCACGUCUCCUGCAAGGACAAUGCUCCACAGGUUUGUCCCAUCCCCCCAGAGCAGGCUAAGAGGCCCCUGGGCAUCGAUGUGCAGCGAGGGAUUGGUACAGCAUACAAAGGCUUUGUCAGGAUCCCUAAGCCCACAGGGGUGAAGAAGGGCUGGCAGCGAGCCUAUGCCGUGGUGUGUGACUGCAAGCUCUUCCUCUAUGAUGUACCUGAAGGGAAGUCUACACAGCCCGGUGUGGUGGCCAGUCAGGUGCUGGACCUCAGAGAUGAAGAGUUUUCUGUGAGCUCUGUCUUGGCGUCUGAUGUGAUCCAUGCCACCCGCAAAGAUGUCCCUUGCAUAUUCAGGGUGACAUCCUCAAUGCUGAGUUCACCAGCGCGUACAGCAUCGCUGCUGAUUUUGGCAGAGAGUGAAGCGGAGAAGAGGAAGUGGGUGGGCAUCCUGGAGGGCCUGCAGAGCAUCCUGAGCAAGAACCAGCUAAGGAACCGGCCUGUGCAUGUGCUGCAUGAGGCCUACGACAGCAACUUGCCUGCUAUCAAGAGCACGCUAUCUGCUUCUAUCGUGGACCGUGAGCGUAUUGCCCUGGGCACUGAGGAGGGCUUGUAUGUUGUGGAGGUUACCAGAGAUGUGAUUGUGCGAGCAGCUGACUGUAAGAAAGUGCACCAGAUUGAGCUGAUCCCCAAAGAGAAGAUGGUGGUUCUUCUGUGUGGGCGCAACCGACAUGUACACCUCUACCCCUGGGGGGCACUAGACGGUGCUGAGGGAAACUUCGACGUUAAGCUAGCAGAAACUAAGGGCUGCCAGGCACUCACCACGGGUAACUUGCGGCCUGGUGGCCCCGCCUGCCUCCUGGCAGCUGUCAAGCGCCAAGUAUUAUGCUACGAGUUAACCCGUGCCAAGCCACACCACCGCAAGCUGUGGGAGGUGCAGGCCCCGGGUGUGGUGCAGUGGCUGGGGAUUGUGCGCGAGCGCCUCUGCGUGGGCUACCCAUCUGGCUUUGCCCUGCUUGCCAUGCAGGGUGAGUCUUCACCUGUCAGCUUAGUGGCACCUGGAGAUCCAUCGCUCUCCUUCCUUAGCCAGCAGCCACUAGAUGCUCUGCAUGCAGCUGAGGUUGGGAACAGCGAGGUCCUGCUGUGCUUCAGCCAGCUUGGUGUCUAUGUGGACCAGCAGGGUCGACGCUCGCGUGCCCAGGAGCUCAUGUGGCCAGCCACGCCCAUCGCCUGCAGCUCGAACCUUUCUUACCUGACUGUUUAUAGUGACUACGGUAUUGACGUCUUUGACAUGAAUACCAUGGAGUGGGUCCAAACCGUAUGUUUAAGAAAAAUCCGGCCUCUAAAUGUGGAGGGCAGUCUUAAUCUGCUGGGUUCUGAGCAGCCUCGACUCGUCUACUUCAGCAAUCGUGCCACAGAGGCCUCUGACCUUGCAGUCCCAGAGACCUCGGACAACAGCAAGAAGCUAAUGGUGCGGACACGCAGCAAAAGGAAGUUCCUCUUCAAAGUGCCCGAGGAGGAGCGUCUGCAGCAGAGGAGGGAGAUGCUGAGAGACCCAGAGUUGAGGUCCAAGAUGAUCUCCAAUCCCAUCAACUUCAACCACGUGGCCCACAUGGGCCCUGGUGACGGCAUGCAGGUUCUGAUGGACCUCCCUCUGCAGAGUGAAAUUCCCUCCCCCUCAUCCUCUCGACACCAUGCUCUGAUAUCUCCUCCAACCAACUUUGAGCACGUCUAUCACAUGAGCCCUAUCUCUGCAGAAAUUUAUCUCCAGAAAGAGCCUUCUUCCCUGCAAGGCCUGUCUCAGCUCUCCUCCUGUUCCUCCUCUCCCUCCACCUCCUCCUUAGGAAGGAGUGUGGUUCCGCCCUCCCAGGAGGACUCAGGGAAGGAGAGAGUGCGUCCAGUCUCCAGCAUUUCCAGGCAACAAAAGAGCAAGACCUACAUCACACGCACUGCCUCAGGAUCUGGAGACAUUAGUGGAGGUAUAUCAUCCAGGCACAUCUCUGAUCCUGACCAAGACUUGGAAAGAGAGCCGGACUCAGACUCCACAAAGCACUCAACCCCCUCCAACAGCUCCAACCCCAGUAGCCCGCCGAGCCCCAACUCACCCCACCGCAGCCAGCUCACCCUGGAUGGGCUCGACCAUGCCACCUUCGAUGCCUGACUCUACACGGCGGCCUCCGCCACUUCGGCCAACCACAUGCCCCUGCCACCCAUUCCUCUUGAACUUGUUUUGCUGCAGAGUGCCAAGAAAACGUUCACUGUUGCUCCUGCCCUUGUAUCCCUUCGCCCCUCUAGUCCAUUGUAAUUUUGUACAUUCCCUGUCCAGGCCAAGUGCAGCUCUUCCCACCAUGUACCCGGCACACCAAGGAGCUGUCGAUAGGUGACCAUUUGAUUGUCACUUUGUAUAAGCAGUUAUGGAGUGUAGGUUAGGAGAUGGGUGGUUUUUUUUUUUUUUUUUUUUUUUUUUUUUUUAAAGAAUUUCCUAUUUAUGCUGUGAAAUGUUAACUGCUAAAGAGGUGGUGAGUCUGUUCAGUUGCGCUGGGACCUGAUUUCUUGGCAAGCCAGAAUGGUGUUCCAGUUAACUUACACCAUUCAGUUGGGCACAUGCUAUGCUCAAACCUGGGCAGCUUGUGAAAGGGUGCCCUUUGCAGGUGAGGAAGAGGUAUUUUUAGCUACAGGGUUAAAAAAAAAAAAAAAAAAGUCCAUCAUUAGAUUACAAGAGUUUUUACCCACAGUUAUUUUUAAUUUUUUUUUUUUUUUUUUUUUUUUACUGAUCAGUAAUUAUACAUAAGGCUACAGAAAGCUAAAUUUGCUAGUUGUGGGUGUCAAUGGAUCUGUCACUUGAGGGUGUCAAAGUAAGAAUGAGAUAAAUACUAAGAUGAAAUGCCCUUACCAUAGUUUGUUUUGGAAAAAAGGAAAAUCUUUGUUUUUAAAUGUACAGUAUAUGUUGAGAUGUUUGGGAGGUCUGCACAGGAUGUAACUGUCUCCAAGGAGCAAUGAAUUUAUUCCUAUAAUCUGUGAUAUCCCUUCCUCUCAUGGGACAGAUAGCGAAAAAACAAAUGUCAUGCUCCUUUUGGCACAAGAAAUUGUACUGCUUCUGGGGACAGUUGUAGAGUUUAAGUAAAGAUUAGUGUUUCACGCUCUAAACCUUCACCUUUGCAGCAGUCUACUGUAGGUGAAAUGCUGCUCAUUACCAAACAAAAUGCAAAAUGGCUGCCCAUUAUAUUAGGAGCUUAAUCAAAACUAAUCUCAACUCAUAAAGUCAGCAUUACUCCUAGAAAUUUUUACUGUUCUCAAGCUGCUGCUUCUUUUGGUUACCUUUUUAAAGAAAUGCAUGAAGAACCAACUCACAAAAUCCCUCCGCUUCACCCUUAUAGAUGUAUCAAACUUACAGGAACAAUGUUGCACAGGAUGGUUGGCUCCUGUGUGCAAUGCAGCCAUUUCUCUGCCUGUCCAGCAGGUGGUGCAGUUUCAUGUAUAUUUUACUCUGUGUAUUAUAAAUUGAUUCCAGAUGUUUGUGACUAUUUCAGUACAGACACAUAUAAUUUAAGGCCAUUGUUGGCAUAUCCUGUUUGUCACUCGUGUGCCUUCAGUGCCAUUUUAUAAGACCAUAUGACAUCAGUUCGAUACUUGCAUAAUAUAUCUUAACAUUAUGGGCUAAUAGUAACAUACUGCAAAUGGUGGUUGUUUUUUCCAGUUUCAGAAACACUGUACCAAACUUGCACAUUUUUAUUAGUUUACGGAACUUAAUUUUGUCAUGUCACCAUAAUCUGUUUUUAUUUUCCCCUUUCUCUGUUCAGCCUCUGGAAAUACUUCAUUUGUCAAAACACUACUGCUUUUUUAAAUCACAUGUUGAAAUCUUUGUAAUUAUUGAAUUGUGAACAGGUAUUUGAAUAGGCAAUAAAAAGAGGGAGGUACAUGUUGCCAUUA